UGAUAAUAACAUGAAAAAAUAAAACGGAUACGGGUUGGAAAAUAAAUUUUGUGUUGUACGAGUACAACGAAUUUUCUAAAUUUCACGCCGUUUAUACAUCGGGGUGACCUCAAAAUGUGGUACGAAGCCUUACCUUCCGCCAUCAUCGUGUAUGUGCUAUUGAGCAUACCCGACAAGAUCAACUCUCUGUCGAAUAAAUUGGUUUACAAUAACGUUUACAGACGUGAUAUAAGUCAACCUUGGCUCCAAAGAUAUUAUGCUAGAGAUUGGGAAUUAACUGGUGAUCCAUACAAGGCACAAGGCCUUGAGAGUUUAUCAAAUAAACCUACUGUUACUGGAAUUGAUUGGCAAAAAUAUGGAAAAGGACCAAACCACUCAUUCUAUGGAACUAAAUUAUAAUAAAAAGUAAUUAAUUUGAAAAAUGAAUUGUAGCUAUAAUAAAUGUUUUAGAAAGUUGUCUAUGG